AUGAUUGACCACAUCUUUCGCCGUGGGUUCCAUACCGCCCAUACUAUGCAUGGUAUGAUGGUUGAUUCCGAUCAGGGCGACGACAAGCCCGUUCAAGUGUCUCCCAUCGCACUCCUAGUCUUGUUUGCCACGAGCUUAGUAUUCGUUCUGUUCAUCUUCGGAAUUGGAUACACAUACGGCCAUGUCAUCCCGACUCUAUGCAUGAUUGAAUCCUCCGAGACCGAGGCCUACGUGCCAGUCAGCAACAUUGAAUCUACCGAGCCCCCUGCCUACUCUGCCACUGCCACUCCCAAGCCUGCCCGGGGCAGCCGUCAAGAUGUCGACGAUGAGGCAGACAUGGAUGAACCCGAUCUUCUCUUGGUCCGCAACAAGCCCAUCACCGCAUCGAUCCGCCAAACCAUCCUUCACCUCCGAGCCCGUGCGGGGUUCUUGUCUCGCUUCCGCGGCAUGUCCAUGUACCUGGUCUGGAGUUUCGUCAGUAUGAUCUUGAUUUCCAUCUUCAGUGGCGCAAGUGGCGUCCGCAUCUACAUUGCUUUUGCAGCCAUUGUGAGCCAGACGCUUCUCGCAACGCUACACAUGGCAUGGAUUCAUAUAGUCAUCUCGGAACCCAGUGAGAAGAGAUGGUACCAACGUAUCCCGUCUUACCGAACAUGGCCCAAAAUUGCCCCAGCCACUGCUCUAUGGGCUACCACCAACCAGGUUGUUUCGAUUCUCCCAAUGUUGGUCACUGGUUCAUUCGGAUCCCUGAAGCACAUGAACAACCCAGAAUAUGAGCCUGAUAAGAAGGAUCUUUAUGCUGUUGGCGCGCAAGCCUUCUUGGGCAUGUUCCUCACUUUGGCGUUGUUUUUACUCCUGCAGAUCCCGGCUAGUGUCACUUUGGUCCGAGUUGCAGCUUCUAUGCUUCCUGAGGAGGACGAGACCAUUGUGCCCUUUGAUCGCACAUUCGGUGGCAAGACCACACCUGCCAUCGUUGGUGGCCAGGGCAAGAUCGGAUUGGUUGAGGCUUGGAGGUCCUUUUCCUGGGCUAGUCGAACACGCUUAGUGAGACUGAUGAUCAAAGUUGCUCUCAUCUCAAUCGCUUGCUGGGUUCUGUUCACCAUGGUGUUGGUCGCUGAGGCCCACCUUCUGUUUGGUGACUCUCUUGGAGAGGUCAUGAAGACAGUCCAUGGGAUUGGCCGUCACAAUUAA